AUUAACCUAGGAUCGAUACGUAUUUACAAAAAUUAGAAUUUCUUGGUUCAUUUUCUAGUGGCCUUUAUUGAAUUAUGGUAUAAUCCAGGAAAAUAUAAAUGAAUGUGAAGCUCCAACAGUAAUGUUUAUCGAUCGUAGCAUUUGAAUAUAGUUGGACUAUGGCUGUCAGCUUUCGACCAAUAGCAAGUCAGGGAGUUAUAAAAAAAUGAUUACAGUUUGCCGAACGACCUUCGAGGAGCUUGACGAUGUGAUAAAAAAAGUAGAUAAAUGGAAAAAAGUUGACGUUGGCAACUUCAGGAUGGAUGCUAGCGGCAACACCAUGCAGGAGAAGGUUCCCGCCCACCGCUCAGCAGUCUACAUCUCUGAGCUUAUUGAUAACAUUUGCAAGAAGAUGGAUGACUACGUCCGAGUCUACUACAAGGCCACCAACAAGCUAGCCAUCAUGCAGCUGAUCACCAAGUCCGGUGGCAUGAACCCUGAGUUCUCCAAGACUAAGUUUGUGACUGAUGAUGAUUUGAACAAGAGCUUGGAGUACUAUUGCGAGCGCAUGUUUGAGGAGAACGAGGAUGAGAUCACAUCGCUGUACAAGAACAGGCCUCACGAUGACAUCAUGCCGGACGCUGAGCAAGAGAUUUGCUUCAAACACGCCAAGUACUGCGAAGACUGGAUGUUGCCCAACGAGGAGGACACCACGUGGACCACUGAGAUGGAAGCAGAAUAUGUCAAGGUCCACGGGCCCGACCCGUACGGUUUCGGCGGCCUCCCGCCUCAGUCACAGAUGCCCGACGUGUCUGACGACUACGGUGAUAAUGAAGAAUUUAUCCCUGAAGAUGCAGACUUCGACGCGCCCGCCGACACCAAGGACGAGCUGUAAACCAUGGGUCAUAAUGACCCUAGUCGUGGGUCACUAUGACCCUAGUGGGUGAUGUGAUCGUAGUAAGAUUUUUUAUUAUUGAAGUACUGAGUGAUUUAAUGAUGAGGUCUAAGGCCUAGUGUUGGGUCACUUUUAGAAACACUUGGGUUGUGUUGGUUAAUGUUUUAGAUCAUUAUAACCCAAUGAAGUUAUAGAUACAGCUAACUUUGCUCUUGGUAUAGUUUCAGUAACGUUUAACUGAGAUAUGAAGUAACCGUCACUUAGAGUGCUGUUAGUUGUUAAUAUAUUAUUUAUUUACAAAAAGAGCAGGUACAAUAAAUUAUUGCUAAAAGCAUUUCUAAGGACAAUUAAUAUACAAUUUGUCUUAACUACCUACUAAUGCCAUUUUAAAAUAGACAUGGGUCAUUUUGACCCAUCUUAUGUGACCCAAGUAAUUUUAGAGUCUUUACUGACAAUAAAUUUUGAUUGUUGUGCUUUCCUUAUAAAGGGUUCAAAAACAUCCAUUAUUUCAGACUUAAACAUAUUAACCAUGUUGAGCUAAUAAUAAAUUAUUAAUAUAUUUCAUAUUUAUUUAAAUGUUCAGGCAUUAGUACUUAUUAUGUUAUUGUACCAAGUACAUAGAUAAACGAAAGAUAUUUUAUUAAAUAUAAAUAAAAAGAGAUAAACUUUUGAGAGCCAAAUCCAUUUCUAUAAAAUUGGUAAAUAUUUCUUUUGAAGGAGUAUAGUGCAAUUUCUAUAUACAACUGAAAUAAAAAUAAGACAUAUUUUCAUAUCAAAUUAACAUUUGUUCAUAAGAUUAUCUUAACAUCCUAUGAGAUUAUUUCACAAAACAAAUGAAUGAUAUAUAAAAACAUAUUUUGAAAUAAAAAAUAAUGACUAGUUUUUAAAAUAAAGUGCCUUAUAUUAAUCUAAGUAAUUUCUUAUGAGGGUAACUGUUAAACUGUAACUAUUUAUAAAAAUAAUUAAGUUUAUUUCAUUUUUAUAUGUAUGUAAAAAACUUAGCAAAACCAACCACGUUUUAAAGCAAGAGUGGCAGCAACUUAGCCGAUCGAGUAAUCACAAAAAAAUACUGUGAAGUUAAUUCAAAUUCAAAA